AUGUUGGAAGAGCAACUAUAUUUGUUGGCUUGCGUUUUUGCAUCUAGAGCCGAUACUGAUAAUAUCAAAAAGUUGGUUACCAGACUGGGUUCAAAAUCGGAUUACUUGAAAGUUAUUUGCGUUUUAUGGCCAGAACUAGACGACCCAGAGAAACUUUCGUUUCUAUAUAAGGGAGGAGAAGAAACGCCAAGUGCAAAAGAGAAGGAAAUCACCAGCGAGGAUGUUGUGAUAGGACUGUUGGAAAGUGACAGUGGUUUGAUUCCACUGAUUGAGAUUGAUAACGCUACGAGAUCCAGUAGAUAUCAGGAGUUACGAGAAUUCAUAAAUAGCAAAGUUGAUAAUAAACCACUGGAAAACUUUGAAGAUUGGUUAAGGGAAAGAAUCUUAAUCUGUAAUGAAAUGCUACCUGAAGCGCCGUUAUUUUAUUCUCAAUUGUGGGAAACUGCUGGACCAGGAGUGCUAUCUACAAAAUUUAUCAGAUGGGUAGACGGAGUGAUUAAACCAUUGGACCACCUGAAUAAACGACUGCAUGUUGUAUUCAAAAUCAACGAAUGGAAGGAAAUGCCUGAUAAGAAAUUAUUCAACAUAAUAGUUGAUGGUGCUGAGGGUAGUAAUAUGACGGAAAUCAUUGAGUAUGAGCUGAUUCCUACUUUAUCCUAUGCGAAUAAAUGGGAAACAUUUAUUGGUGGAGUUUUCAAUGAACAACAAUUCUCGUUGAGAUCCGAUAGCAAUUAUCAUUGGUUUUUAAAGAUGUAUCACAGCCUCGAAGAACAACUGAAAGGUGACAGUGAGACAUUAAGGAACUUACAAAGAAAGGUGGUCUAUAUAUUAUUCAAUAACAGUGAAAACCUGUUCAAUUUAUCCGGCCUACUUCCUAAGCUUAAUGAGUUACGGACUAUCUUGAGCGAAUUGCCCGAUGACAUUAGCAUAGAAGAACAGAAUAAUGUCACUGUUUUAGAGAUGAAACAGUUUAUGGAAUUUUUCACCAAAUGUUCGACCAAAUUUUCAUUCAAGGAAAUAUUUGCCAUAACGGAGGAAGAAGAAUCGGCUCAAUUAGCACAUUUUACAUCUUUAUGCCAUGAAGAGUUUAGUAAAAGCAAUGAAAUAUCUAUGUUUUUGCAAUCCCUGUAUGAAACGGUUUUGGAUACCAACAAGAAGGAUAAGAUUUUCACUAGGAUCAGUGCGAAUGAUAAAAUAUACUGCAUACUGGAAAUUCUCUUGCAAAUGAAUGAUUUCAGACACACUGAAAUGAUCAUCGAGAGGUUCGAUUACGAUGAUGAUGCGCAAAUGUAUGCGUUGCUGGUGAAGUUCUUCUGGCAUUUUUUCAACAAUGCCUCCAAUGGACUGCGUAGGGAACCAGAAAUGAAGAAAGCUUCACAAACGUUGCAAAUACUUCAAAAGCACAUGACGCAAGGGGUAGGUACUGAUCUCACCAGACUGGAAGUAUUACUUGACUUGGCAGACAAACUAUCGCAUUACUCCAUAAACUUAAGCAGGACGCAUACUGGCACAAGAGAUGCAGCUUUCAAACCAAGUAAUAUCCUAGAGUACAAAGACUGCCCCCUGGAUAUAAUUUCCAACUUGCUGGAACUGAACCCGCGGUUAUACAAGGAUCUGUCCAGCACAAGAGGCCUGUUAUCUGAGAUUUACAACGGUUUGUCCAUUAGUGAAGGGUGUCAAACGGGGAAGAUGGAGGUGGAUUUGAUGGUAUUACACAUUGAUCAUGCGCUCGUGAACCUGGACUUUGACAUGGCCUACGAAAUGGGUAAACGGGUGUUUGAAUUUUGCCAAGAGAUGGGGCCGCAGACGAUGAAGGCGCUGGGCGGUGAGCAUUGGCUGACAUUUUACCAAAUGGGGAAGUUUGUCAACCCGAACUGGGUGGAUAAUGAAAUCCCCACGGAGAUAAUCAACAUGCAGAUGAGCAUCUUGGGCCAGUUACUGCAGAUUUGUCCCCUUGAGGAAGUGGAGAUUGUUACGUCGCAGUGGAGCACUCUGGAGUUGGAGUUAAGCGCCCGGGACCUGGUGAGGGAUAAGUACGCAUUGGAUGGGCGCAACGGCACUAAGAGCAGCGUGGGCGGCAUUGCCAGAGAGAUUUUCCAUAACGUGACAAGUAUCUAA